AUGCAGAGUAACCAAAUUACCCCUCCUUUCUCUUCCCCAUCCUCUCUUCUUCCUUAUCUCAUCUGCGAGCAAUUCCCGGGCUCAACGUGGACACUACCGGAGGGGGACUUCCCGUUUUCCGGCAUCCGGGGCUUCAACGCGUGCACCCGCGAGAGCCUCGGCAACGCGCUGCGGCGCGGCAACGCGCUGCCCGAGACCCACUACCGCCAUGGAUGUACAUGCACCUGCAGCACGACGUACUUCAACCGCAACGGCAAUGAGCCGCGCUUCUUCUGCGACGACGGGCUGGACGCAUUGUGGCGCGUCGACUGGAUGGUGCUCCUCUCCGACAACUACUUCGUGCUCGGACUGUUCCUGGUCUCGCGCAUCGAGCGCGUGCUGCCGCGGAUGUUCCCGUGCCACGAUGCUGCGUUCCACCUCCUCGGCCGCUACCUGCUCCACCCGAGGAACGUGAGAACAUCCUGCCCCGUGUGCAGCAGGAGCUCAACUUUACCACUGCCGGAGAGCAGCCGGGCGGCGCGGCCGGGGAGGCGCAAGCCGGUGCUCGUCGUGUCGCUACAUGGCGCCUACUCCGAGAGGAUCAAGGACCUAUACUACGAGCAGGACAUAGCAGGCAGGGAAUCCAUGAGCGUGUUCCAGCCGACGCACUUGGACCGGCAACAGUCCGGGGAGAAGCUGCACAACCAGGAGGAAGAGGAAGAAUAUGACAAGUGGGGUCAGGGGUAUUUUUGA